UUUGUAUGGAUAUAUCGGCGGUCACACUGCUGGCUGCAUUAGCGGCAAAAUAAUAUUUUUCCCACGUUAAAUUUCGCGUAAAGUUCGUGGCACAACUAUUCAGCUGCGUAGCAGCAGACGGAGCGCAGCUUAGCAUUUCCCCCCAACAACGGUUGACAAGAGCAAAGUCGCCAGCGCCACAAAGUGGAAUCCCAGAGGCAGAACAGCCGCCGAUCUGUGUUAAUAUAAUAUUUUAGCCACGACAAACACCACACACACAAACUCAACACAACAGCACACCCCGCAGAAGCUGAAGCAUCAGCAGCAACCACAACCGCAAAUGAAAACUACAGCCACAGAUACAGAUAAAGAUAAAGAUAAAGAUACAACAAAUUCGUUCUCUUUUAGCCAAUAAGUCUAGUCAACAAUUAGACCAAAUGAGCACGCACCUCGCGACUAACAAGCAGCACAAACUAAGCCAAAAAUAAAAGGAGAAUAAACGCAGACACACUCCUACUACCCUCACAUACACAUAGACAGAGAGAGAGAGAGAGAGAGAGAGAUAGCACAGAUAUAUUGAGAAUAGAGGAAACGUCUACUAAUAUAGAAGUGGGUGGGACAGGGAGGACAGACUGACCCUAGACAGACAGAAAAAGUGUGUGCUAGAAGGGGUAACCAAUAGACAGAGCAAGGAGAAAGACAGAUCUGCACUCAUAAAUAAAGGAAGACAGAGAGAGAGAGAGACUCCCACACACACACACACACACACACACACUGUACACGAGGCAGAAAACAAGAGAGUGAAAUAGGCGUAAGAGAAGGAACUUCUCUUUAAGUUUAAGAUCAGAACGGAAGAGAACAAAUUCCAUCAAGAUGCGGGUCGUGGCCAUGGUCAGUGGUGGCAAGGAUAGCUGCUACAACAUGAUGCAAUGCGUUGCUGAGGGCCAUAAAAUCGUUGCCCUGGCCAAUCUCCAUCCAAAGGACAGAGAUGAGCUGGACAGCUUUAUGUACCAGACAGUGGGCCACAUGGGCAUCGAGAUACUGGCCAAUGCCAUGGGACUGCCCCUGUAUCGGCGCGAGACCAAGGGCAAGAGCACACAGACGGGCAAACAGUAUGUGCCCACAGACGAUGACGAGGUGGAGGAUCUCUACAGUCUGCUGGAGACAUGCAAGCAUGAACUUCAGGUGGACGCCGUGGCAGUGGGAGCCAUCCUGUCGGACUAUCAGCGCGUGCGCGUGGAGAAUGUAUGCAGCCGGCUUGGUCUGAUAUCGCUGGCCUACCUGUGGCGGAGAGACCAGACUGAGCUGCUGCAGGAGAUGAUCGACUGCCAGGUGCAUGCCAUUAUUAUAAAGGUGGCUGCCCUGGGACUGGUGCCGGACCGUCAUCUGGGGAAAUCGCUGAGGGAGAUGCAGCCGCAUUUGCUCAAGAUGCGGGACAAGUACGGUCUGAAUGUGUGCGGCGAGGGCGGUGAAUACGAGACGUUCACGCUGGACUGUCCGCUCUUUCGGCAGCGCAUCUCCGUGGAGGACAUACAGACGAUCAUCAGCAGUGCGGAUCCCAUCUGCCCGGUGGGCUACAUCAAUUUCACGAAGCUUACACUACAGCCAAAGGAGCCGGGCAGCUCGUCCGGCGGCGGCGGCGGCUCCGGUGGUGGCAGCGGCACCGGCAGUGAUGUGGUCUUUGUGAAGCGCUCCCUCGACUAUAUCAGCGACCUCAACGAGUCGACAUACAGCGACCUGAGUGAUCCGGAUUUCAGCGAAACGGAACUGGAGCUGAUUGAGAAGGAGACGCGUCUGCGGGAAUCGCUCAGCCAGAACGAGCUGAUAUCGCGCAGCAACUCGUUCGGGCGCCACCUGGCCACGUCCGCCUCCUCGCCCAUACCCAUUGUCACGAAGAGCGCCAGCGUCGACGAGCCCAUACCGACGGCCAAUUCGGCAGCGGCCUCCACUGCAUCGCUUAUGCUGCUGACGGCGGCGGCAUCGUUGGCCAAUAAUAAUCAAUCGGCCACAUCGGCCAGUGCCCUGGGUUUGAGCGGCAGCUACGCGAGCAGCACCCAGGGCAAUCCGCUCGGCAGCAGCACGGCCGCCGUAUGCGGCUCGAUGUCGCUGGCCAUCUCCUCGCUUGGGCUGAGCGCUACCACAUGCCACAAUCCGUCUGGAGCUGCUGGCCCAGGGCCAGGACAAGGGACUGGGACAGGAGCUGUCAUGACACAGCCGCCGAGUCCAAUGAAAUACGAGAGAGAGUUCCGUCCAUUAGCGAACGAGGCCAGAGCGGCCAUCAAUGCCAAGGGCUGGAUGUGGCUGGCCGGCAUACAGGGCUGCGACUCUGAGGGCAUGGAGCAGGGCAUGCAGAGGGCACUCGACAUAUUGCAGACACUGUGCACAAGCAAGGGAUACGACCUGCAGGAUCUAUGCUACAUAACGCUCUAUGUGCGCUCCAUAGCCGAGUAUCCGGCAUUGAAUCGCGUCUACCUGAAGGCCUUUGACUUUCACAACCCACCGACACGCGUCUGUGUCGAGUGUCCCCUUCCCGAUGGCUGUCACGUGGUGAUGGAGGCGAUUGCCUAUCGCCAGACAAUCGGUCUGUCCAACACGGCCCAUAUGACCGUCGAGGAGCGGGAUCGUGAGGGCGAGGACACGGCCGCUGCUCUUUUGAAUGGACGCCGAAGCACGAUGCAUGUUCAGGGUAUAUCACACUGGGCGCCUGCCAAUAUCGGACCUUACAGUCAGUCCACAAGGAUUGGAGAAAUCACAUACAUUUCGGGACAGAUCGCCCUGGUGCCGGGCAGCAUGACAAUCAUUGAGGGCGGAAUACGACCGCAAUGUAAGCUUACGCUGCGGCACAUUAGUCGCAUUGCCAAGGCCAUGAAUGCCCAUGGGCAGCUGCGUGAUGUGGUCCAUGGCAUUUGCUUUGUUACCCAUCCCGCCUUCAUUGGCGAGGCGCGACGCCAGUGGGAGCGGCGUACGACAAAUGCCAUCAUGGACUACAUCGUGCUGCCCGCCCUACCGAGGGAGGCGCUCGUCGAGUGGCAGGUCUGGGCACAUACCCACAACGAUCGGUUUGACUAUGAGGAAACUGGCUGUUCGGUUAGCGAUUAUACCAUCUCGAUACGUCGCCGCUGGAACUAUGAGAACAAUUGUGCGGCCAUUGUCUGCUAUGUGUCCACCGGCCUGGCCUCCUCCACCACGCAGCUAACGCAGCUGAGUGACGAUAUAUUGGGCAACCAUUGCCGCGUGGCGCAGUCCGUCAGUCCGGAGCACAUGGAUGAGAUUUUGACGUACAUUGUGAAUCGUUUGCUCAAGGAUUAUCCCAUUGCCAAGCUGAAGCAGGCACCAGCGCCGGCUGUCAGCGAGUCAGUUGGUGGCACACCGCCCUUAACGCCAUCGCUGUCCGGUGGGGGGGAUCAGCAGCAACAGCAGCAGCAACAGCAGCAACAGCAUCAACAGCAGCAACAGCAGCAGCCGCAGCCGCAGCAGCAGCAGCAACAGCAUCAGAAGCCAGCGAUACACCUUAAACUAUUUUAUCAGGUGAACGCAGCCCCACCAACGGAGCUGCUGCUGCAGUCGCUGCAUGAUUUUCGGCUCAAGUGCCAGGAUAUGGCCUCCAUUGUGUAUACCGUGCUGCCGGCGUGCAGUCUGCACAACUUCAGUACGUUCCUGUCCAUAUGCGGUGUCAGGCAUGAAUAGGAAUCGAGGGGGAGGAGUGGUAGUAGGAUUAGAUCGAAUGAAAGUGGGUAAAGGAAACAAUUUGCUGCCACCGCACUAAACAGAAAUAUAGAUUAUAUAUAUACACGACUAAAAUAUAGAUGUAUAUGUAUGUAUGUAUAUGUGCAUGCAUGUAUGUAUAAAGGAUACGCAUGUGUAAGCAGCUUGCCGUGUCGCUUGCUUCUUUUGGUUAUACGGCGCAUACCGCAUGCUGUCUAUGAUGUAUCUGCAACACACACACACUCACAUAUACCCAAAAUUGUUUCGGACCAAACAGGAAAGCCACAAAACAUGCUUGGAAAUUGAAUUGGGAUAAAGGAUCUAUGCAACUCAAGAGUUUCAGCAAUUAGCAAACAAAAAAAAAAAAACACAUUCAAAGGAUUCAAAAAUUAUUGUAUGUACCAACAGAAAGGAAAGGAAAAAGCGCCACACACUUUUUGUGCACUCUUAUUGCCCAGUCCAGGAACUGUAAUUGUAAUUGUAACUGUAACUGUAACUGUACUUCUUAUAUACAUAUAUAUACAUAACGUAUUAACUACUGAUCGUUUUUCGAUGUGCUUUUUCCGCCCCCCCCCCCCCCCAUGCCCGCACCUCCUCCCUUGUGCUCCAACUUUUAUAUAUAUAUAUAUAUAUACAUAUAUAUGUACAUGUGUGCGUAUACCAUCAAGAAUCCUUUUCUAUAACUCAUUUUCAAUUAGCAAAACAACAAAAAAAAACAACAACCUUUUUGACCAAAAAGAAAAAA